AUGUCGUUCUGGAGUGGGUUUUCGUUCAUGUCGAAACCUCAUUUUGCGCGAAAAUGUCGAAAAAGAUGCCAGGAACUGUCAUCUCGAUCUGAUCUGGUCCCAGAACAUGAUCAAUAUCAGCCAAGUCUGGAUUGCGGAUGGAGUUUUGAUACGUAUGGCGGGACCACUUUUUUGGACCAUCCCAAGCGUGGCACAGAUGUCGACUGCCAGUCAGAUGAUGUUAGUAGACAUUUGUCACUGACCAAUGCCUCGAUCGUUGGUUUAGUGAACGAAAGUGCUGUUAACGAGGACAUCACACGGUCAAAAGGGCUAGUGCUCGCACAGACCGCUACGUCUCGAGUAAUAUUCAACAACCACGACUUUUCUUCUUCUUUGCCAGCAGUAUCCCUACGCGUGCACACAAUCCCUUCUCCUUCCCAGACACAGGGUCUGACCGAAUUUAUUAUAGCUUCAACAUCCCUUCUCGACCUCUACCUCCUCCAAAGCUCUUCCUGCAUCAACGCAGGCAACAACACCACCCUCCCCUCCUCCGCCGUCAUGGAUGGUCAAGUCAAGCGCGGCUCUCUGAGCACCAUCGAGGGUCUUGUAGAGGCAUAUGCUGCGUCGGAGCGGUCCAAUGACUCCCACGCCUUCAUCCACGCGGGAGAGUUGGAUCGCCAGUCGUACGUCGACGCCCGCCGUGAGCUUGUACCUUUCCCUGCUCCUCUCGUCUCUCCUGGUCCUGCGCCCUCUCUCCUCCUGCCUCCGCCCGUCUACUGUCCGGAUUCCCUCCGUGGCGAGGACGAGAGCGAUGAUGUUGUCCCCACCCCUCCCACCAGGAUUCUGGACCGGAAUCCUCCUCCCUCGGUCUCCCGGUUCCUUUUUGGUCUGGACUCGGGUGUCUUGGACGCCGAGGAGUCUGCUAGUGGCUCCGUCUUUGAAAUGGGACAGCAAGAAGAAGACACCUCCGUCUAUGGGGAAGUGAAAAAGCUCUCUCCCGGGCUAGAAACGGCCCCCAGAACACUGCCAUCAAAAGGCACAAAUCCUUCACCACCACCUCACAUGUCCAACGAAAGCAGCACUCCAUCCUUCGCUCCAACCAUUCCUCUCGACAUCUCCAACUACGACGAAAACCAAGACUUGAUCUUGCAAAGACAAUCACCACGCCGUCUCGAAAAUGCACGCACGCACAGCCUCGCCAAUGAUGUCGUCUGGCUACAAAGAGACAAAGCAGGAAAACGUAAAUCAUGGGCUCUCUUCGUUGUCUGCGCAAUCAUUCCUCUCGUCCUCUUUCCUUUCGCUUUCGGUGGUUUUGACAAGAUCAUAGUGCGUCUGGCAGGUACGCAUGCUCGUCCAACCCUCUAUCAAAAAUCACUCGCCAAAUAUCUCUGCAUUGUCGAAGUCGUUGUUUGGCCAAGCUUGGUGACUUAG